CAGAAGAUUGAUUAGUUAAUUCGGCUUUGGUAGGCUGUCGUUCAUAGAGCUAAGAACUCAAAAUAUUCAGCUGAUGAGGAUAUGGAGGAGACAGAUGUUAAAGAUCCAAAUUUAAAGCAAUCUCUGGAGUCUGCUACUUCUCAGAUUAGCCAGCUAGCUCUUUCUAAUAGUCCUACUGGUGUUGCCAAUCUUGCAGCUGUUUUUCUGUUCCCGCUUUUCAUAAAUUAUUUUCAGAUGGGUGUCACUGGAGCAGCCACUGCCACUGUUGUGUCUCAAUACAUAGGUAGCUUCUUGAUGAUUUGGUUUCUUAGCAAGAGAGUAAUAUUAUUACCUCCAAAAUUUGGAGAUUUGAAGUUUGGGGUCUAUUUAAAAUCUGGUGAGUGUCAGAGAAAUGUUUAUGGUUAUUUUCUGUUUUUGAUUCUUUAUCCAAAACAUUGA